AUGUAUCAAGUCUCCACAUUCGUAUCUAUCUAUCUAUCUAUCUAUCUAUCUAUCUAUCUAUCUAUCUAUCUAUCUAUCUAUCUUUGUAUGUUUGUCUGUUCCUAUCUAUCUAUCUAUCUAUCUAUCUUUGUAUGUUUUUCUGUUCCUUCCUAUCUAUCUAUCUAUCUAUGUUUGUCUGUUCCUAUCUAUCUAUCUAUCUAUCUAUCUAUCUAUCUAUCUAUCUAUCUAUCUAUCUAUCUUUGUAUGUUUGUCUGUUCCUAUCUAUCUAUCUAUCUAUCUAUCUAUCUAUCUAUCUUUGUAUGUUUGUCUGUUCCUAUCUAUCUAUCUAUCUAUCUAUCUAUCUAUCUAUCUAUCUAUCUAUGUUUGUCUGUUCCUAUCUAUCUAUCUAUCUAUCUAUCUAUCUAUCUUUGUAUGUUUGUCUGUCUAUCUAUCUAUCUAUCUAUCUAUCUAUCUAUCUAUCUAUCUAUCUAUCUAUCUAUCUUUGUAUGUUUGUCUGUUCCUAUCUAUCUAUCUAUCUAUCUAUCUAUCUAUCUAUCUAUCUUUGUAUGUUUUUCUGUCCCUUCCUAUCUAUCUAUCUAUCUAUCUAUCUAUCUAUCUAUCUAUCUAUCUAUCUAUCUAUGUUUGUCUGUUCAUAUCUAUCCAUCAUUCAUCUAUCUAUCUAUUCAUCUAUCUAUCUAUGUAUGUUUUUUCUGUCCCUUCCCUAUCUAUCUAUCUAUCUAUCUAUCAUCUAUCCAUCUAUGUUUGUCUGUUCCUUUCAUCUAUCUAUCUAUCUAUCUAUUCCAUCAUUCAUUCAUCUAUCUAUCUAUCUUUGUAUGUUUUUUUCUGUCCCUUCCCAUUCAUCUAUCUAUCUAUUAUCUAUCUAUUUAUCUAUUCAUUCAUCUAUCUAUCUAUGCAUGUUUGUCUGUUCAUCUAUUCAUCUAUCUAUCUAUCUAUCUAUCUAUCUAUCUAUCUAUCUAUCUUUGUAUGUUUGUCUGUUCCUAUCUAUCUAUCUAUCUAUCUAUCUAUCUAUCUAUCUAUCUAGCUAGCUAG